GCCCGAGCUUGUCUGGUCUGGCUUGGUGCCGUCCCCCACACGCAAAAAGCACUUGACCCUUGUCGCAACCAAGCCGACGGCUCGCCCCAGUUGUUAUUUUUACUUCCUUCUGGUGCGCGGGCAUCGUGCCAUGUGCGUCAUGCCUCUUGGGAGCUGUGUGUCUGAGCAGCCAAGCCUCAGAGCCGUCACACCCCUAGCGCCGAGAUGCUGAGCUAUGCUCUGCUGGGCAUCAUCAUCAAUCAUCCAUCACCCGCCCCCCCCUCUCCACCAGCAGCGGUGCCUCUCUCUAUGCGGUGCUGUGCUGUGCUGGUGCUGUGCCCAGCCCUCUCUGCCGCCCUCUGCCGCUCGUCUGCUGUCGUCUCGUUUGGUGUGGUUUGGUUUGGUCUCGUCAUGGUUCCCUUUGGCAUGUUGCCCGUUUGGCUUGGACGCACCGCUGGGCUCGGUCUGGUUUCGGCGCUUUGGUGUGUGUGGGCGAAUUUUGCAAGAGGUCAAGGCGAAAUUGUAUGGAUGGAAAUAUCAUGGCGUAGCUGUAUCAGGCAUGGUGAUGUUUUCUUUUGACGAGUGUAACCGGAUGAGAGUAGACUGCAAUGUUCUUUGAUGGCAUCAAAUUUGUUUCUCUUCACCUCAAUGAGAUCAAUUCAAGGUUAUCAAGGUGUAGUAGCUUAGAGUAGGGCGUGAAGGUUCACAUCAAGGUUGUGCCGCCAAAACUGACUGA